AUGAAGCCCGCCGAGAAGCACUUUCGCUGCACUAUCUGUCAGCGGGGCUUCACGCGCAUUGAUCACUUGAAGAGACACCAUCUCAGGCAUUCUGGCCAAAAGCCCUAUUCAUGCGUGUUUUGCAACGAGUCUUUUGCGCGCUGCGAUAACUUGCGCGACCACUAUACAGAUUGCAGCCAACGCGGAGAUCGCAAGAUCCCGGAAACGGGCCAACGAGGCCGGCGGCGACAUGCAUGUCAAUCGUGCACUGCGAUGAAACUCCGCUGCGAUGGUAAUACCCCGUGCGAGUCUUGUGUUAAAAGAGGCUUCAUGUGCACAAAUCCCAAAGGGCCGAGUCCAAGUGCCAGUGUCGAGGAUGGGAAAACAUCGCCGAACCCCCAGAUGCCUCCAAUUUAUAGACAACCCUCGGAUCGCGGCUCGAUUAAAUUUCUCCUGAACGGCGGCACCGAUUCAUUUACCGAAGGCUUUCGGCUCCCUCCUCGCAAUGAUCGGGAAAGAGGCAUGGCAUAUCACAAUCAGACUGCGCUGGAGGAGGCAAACACAAACGGGGAGAUCUAUUCACCUUUCGAUAUGCAAGGCGACCGGACCGAUUUCUCUCCAGAUUUCGUGGAGUCCGAUCCUGCGAACCUACAAUUCUUCCAAGACACGUUUCUAGAUUUCUUCAAUGGGCCUUUCGGUGACAGUCAGAAAUCUGCGGAGAGCCCGUUUGCGGGACAGGUCGUAUAUCCAGCUGGAUUUGUACCGGGGCAGGAUGGCAAUCUGGCCUUACCAGCAGAGCAAGGAAUCUUUGAGCCCGAGCGACCAUUCGCAAUGGCUCUGAUUCAAUCGAUUCUAGCACGAGCAUGGACAGUGCCUUUGGAUCCGAAGGCACAAGAAGAGAUAUCAACGAACCUCAGCUUUCUGCUGACCACAACACGCAUACGCAAGUUUGUGUCGCUCUAUUUUAGAUACUGGCAACCCAGCUGCGCGAUGAUUCAUAUUCCGACAUUCGACCUAGAGACAAUUGCACUGCCUCUGCUAGCUGCGGUCACAUUCUUCGGGGCUAUGUAUAGCCCUGAUCAAAGGGAGGCGUACGCGGCAAAGCGGCUGCUCGAUUUUGCCGAGCUGUUCAUCUUUUCAAGUCACAUAUACUCGCCGGAGACCGAAGUUGCAAGCAUUUUCACUGGAAUUCGAAGUGCCGAGGAUGAAGCAACGGAUUGGAUGAAGUUUCAGAAUUUCCAAGCUGGCUUCAUAAUUACAGUUGUACAAUACUGGGCGGGAAGUCGAUCAUCCAAGAAUCGUGCGAUGGAGAAUCGAUUUAGUGAAGUCGUCAAGGUCGCCCGUCGCCUAAACCUUGUCAAGGUCAGGCAUACACCCAACGAGGAGCAAUUCGAAGAGCAAUUAUGGAUUCAGAGAGAGUGUCGUAUUCGAACGAUAAGCAUUAUAUCACUACUGGACUGCGCGUUCUUCUUCUAUCAAAAUUAUCCGUGCCGCUUGACGCACGCAGAGAUAGAAUCUGAGCUACCCUGUGACGAGGCACUUUUCCGAUCUCCACAUCCGUUUCAAGAUCCCAAAUUUCGCUUUUCUCGCGAGAUCACCAUAUAUCAGGCAUUCCAACAUAUGUUUGACUUGCCUACGCAAGACGGCUCGGGGGCAUCGCCACCGUCUUCCAAAAUAGAUCUUACGGUCCUGGACAUGUUCAUUGUCAUUCAUGUACUGUUCGCUUUUAUCAAUACGCAUAUGACGCUUGUGGGGCUACUCAAACGCCAAGCGCUUGUCAUCCAAGCUGCCCAAAAUGAAGGUAAUUUGGGCAAGAGCAUGAUUCCCGAAGAUUCGAUUUUGAGUUCAAUUCGCACGGCCUUGAAUCGCUGGCGCGACUACUGGGUUGCGUUACGCAACCAAGUAUCUAAUGACGAAUGGGCGUCGAUGGGCUUCUACAAGAACGGGUACAAUUUCUGGCUCGUGUCUCAAUUGCUCAUCACUAAGAAGGACGCCGUCGAUGUGAUUAUGCAAAUGGAAGUGCAUUGUGAGGAUAAACUGGAGAAAUUGAAGGUAUUGUUGCAGGACGAAUAA